AUGGAGACUCGCCAGGUGCCCAGGAGCCCAAGGGUGCGGCUGCUGCUGCUGCUCCUGCUGCUAGUGCCCUGGGGCGUCCGCAGGGCUACAGGAGUUGCCCUGCCUCCCGUAACAGUGCUCAGCCUCCGGACCCCCGGCCGGGCCUGGGUAGGCCCGGGAACCCACCAGUCCCGGCGGAGCCUGGCGCUGGCGGACGACGCAGCCUUCCGGGAGCGCGCGCGGCUGCUGGCCGCCCUGGAGCGCCGCCACUGGCUGAACUCGUACAUGCGCAAGCUGCUGGUGCUGGACGCGGCCUGA